UCAAGAGAACGCAACAUGAAUGCGUCCCUAUGCAAAAGGAAACAACAAAACGCAGAGUUGCGUCUCACUCGAAUAGGCAUGAAAGAGAAAAAAGAGAUAUCCUUUUCUAGGAGCGUCAUUCUGUGUACGAUUGUUGAGAUGAUCGGAGCGUAUUCUAUUCCAUCCUGCCAAAGAAAAUUCUGGAUACGACAUGGCGAAGCCAGUAGAACACACCGGGCGGAAUACGCAAAAGAAAAGCUAUACAGUGAAGUACUUGACACAUCAGCCAAUUUUUGAAGAAAGGAACAAGCAAACUGAACCGAUCAACACGAUUGAGACAGAAACAACACGCCAGGCGGCGGUUGAGAGUAUUGCCUAUUCACGUGAGAAAAAUGGGCAAAAUGAACUGGCAUCAGUUUACAAGCGCAAACAAGCGAUACGCCAACCGGGAGUUGAAAUGGCUAUAGGCUCCAACGAGAAUAAUGGACGAGAAGAAUCCGCAACAGCAAUGAUCGAAGUUAUUGAUACACCAUCGGAAUGUAGAGAAGCGACAACAGCAACGGCGAAUAAACAGAGGAAGUUGAGUAAAAUGAAGGAAUUAUCUCGCGAGCUAGCAGCGGAGAAAUCAAGGAACAUUCAAUUGUUGGAAGAACUCCAACGAAGCAAACGAGCGAUGGAGGAACUCGAACGAAACAGGCAAAUAAAUGAAGAAGUCAACGCUAGCCCAGCCGGCGGGUCUAGGUUUGAAUACGAACAGGAUAAUCGUUUUUCCAGCACCCGGAGAGCACAAGGUGUUUCAGGUCAGGAAGAGUCCAGGUUUUACACGUCUAUUAAUCAGCUCUCCAUUGCCUCGAUCAUCAUCCCAGUGUGCAAGCCAACAGAGGGCGGGAAAUCCAUUGACAAUCGUUUGAAUCAUGGAAAGACCUUUUAG